AUGUCAACCUUAGCUGCGGUGCAGGCUGAUGGGUUCUAUUACCCUCCUGAUUGGACGCCCGAGGGUGGGGCGAAGAACAGCGCGUAUAAGGGCUCAAAUGGUUCGCUCGGCAAGCGCGCGAACAAACUGUCUCAGGGUGUGCUGACGAUUCGUUUUGAGAUGCCCUUCAACGUCAAGUGCGGGGCGUGCGGACACAUGAUUGCGAAGGGUGUGCGGUUCAACGCAGAGAAGAGGAAGAUUGGGAAGUAUCAUUCGACGCCUAUAUGGAGCUUUACAAUGCACUCGGCGUGUUGUUCGCAGGAGAUCGAAGUUCAGACGGAUCCUGCAAAGACGGAGUACAAUGUGACCAAGGGCGCGGAGCGAUGCGUGGGCUACGGCGGAGCGAUGGACGACGAAGAGUCGCCUGAGGAUGCGAUGCAAAUGCUGGAAUAUCAAAACGAAGAAGAACGCGCGAAGUUUUUAGCGAAUCCUAUAGCGGUAUUAGAACGAGGCGUGGAGGACGAGAAACGAGCGAGAGCGAGAGCAAGGACAACUUUUGAGCUCAACGCGUUGAGCAAGGCGCGGUGGAAGGAAGACUACGACGUCAACAAAUCUUUACGUCGAAGCAUGCGAGGGCGGCGUAAAGAAGAGCACGCGUUGAGAGAUCACGCCCGCGCGCUUGGUUUACCCGAGCACGUCAAGUUAGAACCCGAGCGAGACGAGGACAAGGAGUAUGCCCGCAGAGUGUUCAACGCGUCGGUUUUCGAACGCAAUCGGAAACAGAAAAGAAAGGAUAUUCUUUCGGAGUCCAUUUUUGCGGAUAAGCGAACGAGGCCGAAACCAGCUGCAAAACGCACGAGUUCGGCGUCUUCUAAUCACUCAAGAGCGGCGAAAUUAGCGAAGAGACGUUGA